CCGACCCUGCGCCCCGCACGGCGCGCGGAGGAGCGGCCAUGCCGCCGCGGCGCAGCAUCGUGGAGGUGAAGGUGCUGGACGUGCAGAAGCGGCGGGUCCCCAACAAGCAUUAUGUCUACAUCAUUCGAGUCACGUGGUCCAGCGGCUCCACAGAGGCCAUUUACCGGCGCUACAGCAAGUUCUUCGACCUGCAGAUGCAGAUGUUGGACAAAUUUCCCAUGGAAGGAGGACAGAAGGAUCCCAAACAGCGGAUCAUUCCAUUUCUGCCAGGCAAAAUCCUCUUUCGACGCAGCCAUAUCCGCGACGUGGCCGUCAAACGCCUGGUCCCAAUCGAUGAGUACUGUAAGGCCCUGAUCCAGCUGCCCCCCUAUAUCUCUCAGUGUGAUGAAGUGUUGCAGUUCUUUGAGACGAGACCAGAAGACCUGAAUCCCCCCAAAGAGGAACAUAUCGGGAAAAAGAAAUCAGGGGGUGACCUGACCUCAGUAGACCCCAUGGUCCUGGAGCAGUAUGUGGUGGUGGCAGACUACCAGAAGCAAGAGAGCUCAGAGAUCAGCCUCAGCGUGGGCCAGGUGGUGGACAUCAUCGAGAAGAAUGAGUCAGGUUGGUGGUUCGUAAGCACAGCCGAAGAGCAAGGUUGGGUCCCUGCAACUUGUCUGGAGGGCCAGGAUGGUGUGCAAGAUGAGUUUUCCCUCCAGCCUGAGGAAGUCUCCUGGAGGGACUGCUCCCUGUCCCAGCCUGCGGUCCGCCGCCGGACUCUGGGGGACUUGUAUGCUGUCAGCUGGCGUCAAGAGGAGAAGUACACAGUCAUCUACCCGUACACAGCUCGUGACCAGGAUGAAAUGAACCUGGAGAGAGGGGCCAUGGUGGAGGUCAUCCAGAAGAACCUGGAAGGCUGGUGGAAGAUCAGAUUCCAGGGCAAAGAAGGCUGGGCCCCUGCCUCCUACCUGAAGAAGAGCAGCGGGGAGCCCUUGCCUCCAAAGCUGGGCGGUCCUGGUUCACCCGCCUACUCAGGAAGCCUUGACCUGGAUGGUGUGACACGGCAGCAGAAUGCCAUGGGCAGGGAGAAGGAGCCACUCAACAACCAGAGGGACGGCCGGUUUGAAGGCCGCCUGGUGUCCGAUAGCGACGUUAAGCAGAAUAAGGAAUCAGAGAGAUAUUGUGGAUCUCCAAAGAUGAGGCAGAGACCACCUCCUCGCCGGGACAUGACCAUUCCUCGAGGCCUCAAGCUGCCAAAACCUCCCAUCCCGCCCCGGGUGGAGGAAGAGUACUACACCAUUGCCGAGUUCCAGACCACCAUCCCGGAUGGCAUCAGCUUCCAGGCCGGCCUGAAGGUUGAGGUGAUUGAGAAGAGCCUCAGUGGCUGGUGGUACAUUCAGAUGGAGGAUAAGGAAGGAUGGGCCCCAGCAACCUUCAUUGACAAGUACAAGAAAACCAGCAAUGCCUCAAGGCCUAACUUCCUGGCACCUCUGCCCCACGAAGUAACCCAGCUCCGGCUUGGGGAUACAGCUGCAACGGAGAACAGCCUGGGCAGUGAAGCUGUGGGCCCCUCUCGGCCCCUGCCUGAAGCCCCACAGGGUGCGAUGGACUCUGGGAUGCUGUGGUCUAAAGACUGGAAAAGGGGAAAGGAGGCGUUAAGAAAGACAUCGUCGGACCUGUCCGCAUCCGCAGGCUACGAGGAGAUCUCAGACCCCUCUCUGGAGGAGAAGCCCAGCCUCCCUCCUCGCAAAGAGUCCAUCAUCAAGUCGGAAGGGGAGCUGCUGGAGAGGGAGAGGCAGAAGAUGGAGCAGCUCCGGGGGUCUUCCCCCAAGCCUCCUGGCAUGAUUUUGCCAAUGAUUCCAGCCAAGCAUACCCCCCCAGCCCGGGACAGCAGGAAGCCAGAGCCCAAACCUGACAAAAGCAAGCUGUUCCAACUGAAAAAUGACAUGGGGCUGGAAUGUGGCCACAAGGUGUUGGCCAAGGAAGUGAGGAAACCUAACCUCCGGCCCAUCUCCAAGUCCAAGGCCGAGCCACCCGAAGAGAAGGCGGAAGCCACUUCCCAGAAUCCAUUCUUGAAGUCCAGACCUCAGGUUAGGCCCAAACCAACUCCUUCCCCCAGGACAGAGCCAGCUCAGGGUGAAGACCAAGUGGACAUCUGCAACCUCAGGAGCAAACUGAGACCUGCCAAAUCCUUGUUGGAUGGGGACAGCCACCAGGCCGUUGGCGGCCAUGACGCGGCCUUCAACAGGAGCUUCCUCCCUGGGGAGGGACCUGGCCGCACCCAAGACAGAUCUGUCAGACAGGACGGGCUCACUCCAAAGGAGACAUCUUGUAGAACCCCUCCAAGGCUAGCCAAGACCACAGAUCCUGGGCCUAGGAAUGUCCCUGUGCCUAUCCAAGAGACUACCCAGCAGAGACCUGUGGUCCCACCCCGGAGGCCACCACCCCCUAAGAAAACCUCAUCACCAUUGUCAUCCAGGCCCCUCCCAGAGGUCAAAGGACCACCACGUGAAGCCAACGAAAACCGGGCAGCUCCCAUCCCGGGCCGAGCCCUCCUUGUUCCUCCCAAAGCCAAGCUUUUCCUGUCCAACUCCUUGCUAGGUCAGGAUGAGAUGCGAGGUAAAGGUGGGCUGGGACCACGCAUAGCUGGCAACAUGGGAGAAAACAGGGAGAAAGCAGCUUCCUUCCCCAACGUGGAUGGCCCGAAGGACUCGCUGUAUGUGGCUGUGGCCAACUUUGAAGGGGAUGAAGAUACCAGCAGCUUCCAGGAAGGGACAGUGUUUGAAGUGCGAGAGAAGAACAGCAGUGGCUGGUGGUUCUGCCAGGUCCUCAGCGGAGCCCCUUCCUGGGAAGGCUGGAUUCCUUCCAACUACCUCAGGAAGAAACCUUAGCUUCCCGUGCCCUGCCUGGAGGACCCACUGUCCCUGCUGGCUGCUCCUACAUAUUUAAUACGCAUCUUAAUUUAUCAAUCUCCAUGCAGUUUUAAAGGAACGACAAGGCCCUUGGAGUGCCGUGUCUGCUUCCCUCCCAGAUGCUGGUGGCCUGGAGUCUGAGCCUCCCGUUGUGACAUCCCCAGGAGGCUCCGAAGCCCUUGCUGGGUAGAUACAUCAGCACCCUUGCUUUCAGAGGAUUUUUCCUUCCGGACAGUGGCAUUGCCACCCAGGGAGGACAGCAAUACCCACAGACCUUCAGGACUAAGACUUGCCCCAUGGGGGACUCCAGACAGCAUCUCUAUGCUCAGAUGCAGUGAGGGACAGCCCACCCAGCCUGUGGUGACAUGUUCUACAUUCAUGUUUCUAGAAGCCCAGGGGCUUUACUCGCUCUGUCUCCAGAAUGCCUGGGACCAGGAAGAACUGUGUCCUUCAGGAGUCCCUUGAAAGUGUUCUCUUCCCCCAAGGCUUCGCGUCCUUCAACGUCUAAAGCUUGACUGGAUGCAGCUACCCCAGAAAGUCCACGGGCCACCUUGCCAUCUUCUGUCAUGGGACAAUAACCCAUUCGGAAGGGAAGUCCCUGCCUCGAGCAUUUUCUGCUUUCCUGCUGCAGGCUCCAGAGCCAUCCAGAGCUUUGAAAUGAGACUUCCUGCCCAGCCCACUCUUCUGGCCCCAAUUUGGGACUUUUUAAAACAAGGGUCUCUACGUCUGUUUUAAUAAGGGGCCCUUCACAAGGCUCAUAGCUCGUGAGGGCUCCUUUACUCGAUAGGUGCCAAGCAGUGUUCUUGGUGCUUCGCAUUCAUGUUCUAACCCACAACGAGCCUCUCUUGGUCUACUGUGCCCAUUUUCUAGAUGAGGUAACCCAGGUUCUCUGGGCCCAAGGACACGCUAACUCAGAAGGGGAGGGAAGACAAUUGAGUCUAGUCUGCCAAACUCCAAACCUGGGCUGUUCUCCCUAGAAGAGGCAAGCCAGUAAGGAAAAAGAUGGAAGCUGUCUGGGUGCCAGGGCAAGUGGCCCGCGGGGACAGUGGUGAGGGCUUCUCUUCCUUGUGACAUGCGCACAGAGACAACUGCAGCUGCCCCAGGCUCACAGCUGCUUCUCCAAAUCAGGACGUACCCUUGAUCCUUAUGGUUGGCACAGAGCUCCUAAGCUGGUAGCACUUUAGAGUGGAAAAAUAGGAAACUAAGGUGGUGUCCCUUGCUGGUUUGAAGGGCUAAGAAGCAGCAGUGGAGUCACUACCAAACUCUGCAGGACAAUAGCCCAGGAUGGAGAAACGCUGCCAAGGGCCUGGGCGACUCCUUCUGCUGCCCCCAGCCGCUGUGGCUUCCUGCUCCUCACUGGUGUGUGAGGGUAGUUUUCCUUUUAGGGUGUACCCUUCCUGCCAUCCCUGCCAAAGCAGUCCUUGCUCCUCUUUGACAUGUGGUUACCUGAGACCUUAAACAAACCACUUAAUACAGAAGCAGAACCGAGGCCCCAAGGUUCCUAGUUCCCAGCCCAGAAUUGCACCUGUGAAUGGGCUUCCUGGGAAGAGCGGGUGGGUGGGUGAGUGAGUGUAUGCAUGGGUGAAUGUGUAAGAACAGAAGCCACAUCCUCUCCUACCAGCUCUGCAGAGAAAAAAAGAGGCAGCUUUGCCUUGCCCUACCACUCAUCCCAGAAAUCUCUGAUUCACAGUAUCCAUUCACUGCCACACUUUCAGGACCACCACGCCCACUCUCCCAGGCUUGCGUCUUCCUGCAGUGCCAAAGAUUUUGCGCAAGCAGCCCUCUUCUGCAGCCUCCCCCCUCCCGCUCCUGCCUGGUCCCCUGGGGGCUCUGGCUGCUUCCCUCUGACCCUGAAGUAGCAUCCGUAGUCCCUUCUUAUGCUCCCUCCAGUCCUGGGCCAGGGCCCGAGGUACCUCCCACCGGGCCUUUUUGCUUAGCCUGUGCCCCAGGACCUCAGGGAAGAUGGCAGUCAGGGAAAGAGAAGGCUAGGAGAUUGCUAUCACCUCAGAGCUAGCCCUCACUUGGCAAGAGGCCCCAUAGUUUGGUUUUCCUGAGGUUUUGACCCACUUUGGCUUAAGCAGCUUUUGUGGAGCUGUUUUACAGGGUUUGAUUACUUUUCAGAAGCCCUUCCUCCCCACCCCGGUUUCUCUGGUUUGCUUCUGGCUGCUUUCGGUGACCUUUUCAGGUAUUUGGUGAGCACUCGCUAUGUGGUAGAUGCUGGGUAAAGUAGGCUGUGCGAGACUGAAGAACUUUGAGUUUCUUCUGCCAUCUCCUUUGAACACCUCUUUUCUGGAGAUCUGCUGGGAGAACACAUGGGCCUCCCUGCAGACAGGUAACAGAAUCUGCCUUUUUCGUGUCAUUGUUCCUCUGACUGUGACCUGUAGGUGUGCAAGGUGUGCUGUCUGCUCACUGCCCUUUCCUCAGAUCGCAUGCAUGGCCUGAGGACUCCCGUGGGCAGCCAUCCACUACAAGGAUGGACACUCCCCCUGGACAGUGGUCUCAAAAGCCAAAGACACUCCCAGCUGCCCUUGCCUGGCCGUUAGGUUUACAACAGCAAGGGCUGGGGUAGCUCAUCUGGGAACAAUUGACGGAGCACACAUGAAGUUUCCCUUGAGUCCCUGCCUUGGAAAAACAUCCAGGAGCAUCAUAGCAACAUCCACGCCAAGCACUGGGCCGGUCACUCACACAAGCAUGCUCCCCUCCUUAAGUGACCCUCACAACAACGCUGUGAGGCAAUGAAGACCAGCCGCAUAUGUAGCGACUUAGGUACCUGGCAGAGGAUGAACUCACACAUUCAGCCUUAUCCAAAUAGUGGCCACCAGCAGAGAAAUGUGCAUAGGACUGGCAGGGAAAUCCACCCAGCCUCGGAAUAUAAGUGACUCCCCUCAACUCUUAAAACAUUUCCCUAGACUGCAGGCCAAAUGCCAGCCCCAAGAGUGGGCAAGGGGCAGUUCCUCUUCUCUCUUCUCUGACAUAGUGGCUGCUCGGUUUCCACACAAGAGCAAGUACACUAUUUGUAGCACCACCAGAUCUCUGGAAAACACGACCUGGGGAACCACCGACCGAGAAAACAGGAUUUUGCUGAUUUUUUUUUUUUUUUUUUUUGCUCCAAAUCACUCUUGGCCAUUGGUAAGUUUUAUGCCAUUGACCCAGGCUGACUUGAUGGGAGGCGAGCUUCAGCUAGAACGACUUAAUGCACCUGCCCUCCUAAGAAAUUGCUUGAAAAACGCUGCCGGGUUUUCAGCAGUCAUUUUAAGCUUCUGCCACAAGGCUGCUCUGUCAAAUUGAUUUCCGUGGCAAAGUUCUUGGCCUUAAAUUGUUUCGGAGCCCCCUGGGGUCUUUGGGAGAACACACGUGCCACGUUAAAGCGUGGGUGCCGUAUCUCUCCAAGAACUAGAAAGGAUAGUUUGCACUGAGUGGAAAGGAGAAAACUGCUCUCAUCCCCCAGUAGCUGGGGACUUGACAUUAAGAACAAGGCUUCAGCGGGGGAGGAGGGGUGGAGAGCUCAGCAGUACAUAAGGCUUCGGGUUGCACCCCCAGCAUUGCAGAUUUAAAAAGAACUAUAACAUUGGCGGCUUAGUUCACAUCAUUUUGUUGUGCCCACCUCUCUUUAAGUGCUGAGGUUAUCUGCCACCCCCAACCCUGCCCCAGGAGCCUUGUCCUUCUCUGUGGACAGUGUGUGGCAGUCCUGACCCACCUCGAUGGUUGUCUAAGCCCGUCCUUCGGGUGUCCUGGGCAUACUGCACGCAGCCACACCCUCCCGUAGACCAAAGGCUACCUGAAGUCAGAGGAGUAUGGCCUGACUAGGGGGGAUGUUGAUUGGCAUCGAGGCCUGAGGUCCAGGGCACCCUGUGUUGACCUAGAGAAACUGUUCCUAACUCGGGUCUAGCCACUGCCCUGAUCCCCCCAAGCAGAGCUACGGAAGUUAAAACAGAGGGUUCCCACUCCCUGGCUUACCCCACGGGCUGGAUUGCCCCCUGCGCGGGGCAGCGUGUGGGCUCUGGUGCUAUGCCACACAGGUGCUGGGACACUCGUUUCAGCCUCCCCAUCCUCUUUUCCAAAGGGAACCCCCUUAACUCCAGUCAGAUGAAGAGCUGGUGCCAUUUCCAGUAGCCUUCACUUGCACAUCUCUUAGACGUGAAUAGACAAGGUGCCCCACCAGGCUUACUACAGCAAUAAGUAAUUCUCAUGCAGUGGAGGUGUCCGUAUUAUGCCUGUUUAUGCCUUUGUGCCCUUUUAUUUUUAGUAGCACCUCGUUUACUCAGAGGGUGAUCAUUAAACCAUGGUCACCUUAGCAACAAGCCACAUUUCCUGUGUCAGGGAGCCACCAAGGAGCUAGGUUCUUUUCUGACAUUCCCCUAAGACCAUGCUCUGGACAGCAUGGCCUGCCCGCUGGGGUCUGCUCAGAGGUUGGCGCUGGGGACCCCUGGGUUCUCAGCCCAUCUCACUUCCUCUCAGCCAAUUGACAGUCUGGUGGUGACCUUCGUUUCCCACGAGUAUAUAAUGGAAGGGGGGGGGAAUAAACAGCUAGCUCUAGCAUGUAGACACUAUAUAUACCAUUAGACUUUCCUUUUUAAAUAAAUAAAUAAAUAAAAGUGCUUGACUGGUUUCAAGCUUCCUUGUGAAAA